AUGUGUACCUGCGCCCACGACAGGCCCCACGAGCUACUUCAGUUUGUUGAAGGUCUCAAUCUCCAAGCUCUUUGUGAUGUUGCCUCAGAAUUGAACAAGGGUCUACCUUGCGUCGCUGGCGGAUGGAGCUGUGGAGGUUAUAAUAUAAUACAGGAGGUCGUCUUCGAAGACGGCUCCUGCUGGUUAGCCAGAAUACCUCGCCCUGACAACAGCGUCCUCCACGGCCAGGCGACAAGCUCCUACUCGGCAGUGUUACGAUAUCUAAAGAAGAAGAGCAGCAUCUCAGUGCCAACUGUCUUCCAUCAUGCCCUGUCAACAGACGAAACAAACAAAGUAGGCGCACCGUAUGUACUAAUGGAGAAACUACCUGGAAAGCAGCUACCGGCUCUGGGACAAACAAAGGAUGAGCCUUAUGACCGGGACCGGCCGACACGGCAAGAAAUACGGCUUACAAGGAAGAUUCACGAGCAGCUGACAGAAAUCAUUAUUGGACUGGCACGUCAUCAGUUUAAUCGGAUUGGUGCAUUACACGAAGACGAGUGCGGAAACUUUACAGUUGAAGAAUACUUUGAUCCAAUCUGGAUUGGGUGUUCGAGCGAGCGUGCCAAGGUUUUCAAGAGUUUACGAAAAUGCGAUCGCGGCCCAUAUGACAGCAUCACGGCGUACUACUUGGGCAUUGCCGAGCUCAACUACCAACAAGCUCUGACCGGACCACCCGAAGUAUAUGGCCCAGAAGGGGUGGACCUGUACGAGACGCUUGCCGAUAUGUCUCUUUGCAUCGCCCUUCCGGAGUUUGAGAAAGGUCCAUUCGUCAUUGCACACAACGACUUGACACUCCAAAACAUCCUGGUCGACGACGAUUUCAACAUUACGGGCAUCUUGGACUUUCCAGGAAACAUAGUCCCGUUACCAUCUCUCUGCGUCUAUCCGUGGAUGUUUCACUGGAACGCAUGGGGCGCCAUGUGUGACAGAGAGGAGUUCGAAAAGGUUUUCCUUUCGAAACAUUCAGACAAUGAAGCUUCGCCAAUUGCGUCUGUUGCUUCGCGCCGUCAGAUAAUGGCAGAUGCCAUAAACAGGAAUUACUUUGAGCGAUCAUUGCUUGGGUCAUUUGCAUUUGUAUUUGUUCCCACUCUGCAUGAGAGACUGUACGGCGAGACGUAUGUGUACAGGAAGCCAGAUGAGGUUGUUGAAUCUGGGACGGAAGAAUCUCAGCCCUCUUCUGAUGGUGCUCAGGACUCUCAACCUGAAUCAAAUAGCUCUCUGGCUUCCGAUGCUGGUGAAGCCAUUGGACGCAAGUCUGAGCCUGAUUCUGAGUUGAAUGAUUUCAGUAAUGCCGAGAGUAUCAUCACGAGCACACCCCCUAGAGCCGUGACGAAAUCGGAUGCACUGACCCAAACAGAGCCAUCCGAGGUUAUCCCACCUCACUCCACGCAGUUGGAUUCUCUCGAAUCCUGUUCUGCUGAAUUGUUGGAAAUAGUUACAGCUGGUAAACCCAAAAGGUCGAGACGAGGUCUAUCCAGCUGGUGGAAGGGAUUCAUGCCCGGCAGAACCGAUGGUGCAACAAGGAAACGCAAAAGUCGGUUUUUGUAUCAGCUAGAUAAACUUGGAAUACGCAUACUAAACAAUGUCGGAAUGGUUAGAGAGAAAUGGGGUUAA